AAAAGGGAUGCAUUUAAAACACAAAGCCGGCGACAGGAAUAAGGAAUACGACCAAAGACUGUUUGUGUGUUUUGAAAACAGGCCUGAUGGUUGCCAGUGGGUUGGAACGGAGACCCAAGGAGUGAGAUCCAACAUCCUGUAAACAGAGGGCCAUGCAUGUUGCACUGCGACCACGCAGGUAAGGCUCAGCAUUGUUAGACCAGUGGCUAAUUAGUGGCCAGGAAGUAGUACAAAUGUACAAAAGAAAGUAACUGAUGCAGUGCGCCUCAUCCAUGCCUGUCCCUGCAGUGUACACUGACAUUUUGCUUAACUUGCUUUAGCUGGCUGAAAGCAAAAAAUGAAAUUUUCAUUCUCAUCUUGACAGCUGAUAGGUCUGAGUGGCACCUCCCAGUGACUGUUAGGCUCGUUGACAAAGCACAGCAUAAUUGAUUAUAUUCAUGAUUACAUGUUCCUUUUACGUGGAGCUGGUAUGUAACAUCAUCUACAGAUAUUAGGCCAACUAAGCAGUAUUUUAAUAUGAUUUCUCCUGUGCAGAUUUACAGCUCUGAUACUUUUCCAUACUGUAUAUGUCCUCAACCAAAGACACAUGAAGUCGUGAUGAGUGCUGUGACAGCUUUGAUGAAAUGCAGAUUGAUAGAAUGAAAUGGAAAUAAUUUGUUUGGAUCUGAAUCUAGAGCUUUAUGGGCACUGGGAGAGCCUGAACUGUUUGUGCAUGUACUACAGCAUGUUUCUUUGGGUAAGGGUUGUUGGGUUUACUGGCCUGAUAAAAGAAAGAGUGAAGUGACUGCUCUCUCUGCCCCAGUUAAACCCAAGGCUGGGAGCCCAUGUGAGCAGAAAGCAGACACAUGCUAUAAUGGCACAUCACGCUUUCAAUAUUUGUUUUGACACACCAGGGUCCUCACGUGAUGUCAUGGAACUAUUUAGUUCUCCACAUACUCACGGCAAAGUCAGGCUGUAUGUUUUUAUUGCAUCAAAUCCGCUCUUAAAAAUCAAAUGUAUAAAGUUAAAAGGAGAUUUAACUAGUUGGUUAUGACACAAAUUAUUAAAAGGUGGCCUUUUAUGUCAUGUCCUAUAUGUAUUUAGACAUACUAAGAAAAUAUAAAUGUGACAUAUCUGAAAUUGUUUACUCUAUUGCAUAUACUGUUGUGUAUGUGCUAAUUAAAAAUAUAUACUGGGCAUGUACAAAGAUUGUAGCUCAACCCAUUUGAGAAAAUAGAAAUUAUAAUUUGAGUAAAACAUAGGUCUAUUGAGUCAGCUGUAACAUCUGAAAUUGAGAGUGCAAACUAGUUAGCAAGCUAGCAGGAAAGUAAAGGUUAAAUUUAGCUAUAGUUAGCUAAAAAUAAUGGAAAAAUGAUUGACGUUGAUAGACAAAAGUAAUGAAUAAAUAGUUCAAAUAGAUAUUAGAUAAAUAUUAGUUAGAUAAAUGUAAUGCGGAUAAACAGUUUAGUGGAGGUAAAAGAAAUGGAUAAAUGGCUGAAGUAUGUAAGAUAGCUAAAACUAAUAAAUAAACAGUUGAGCUAGUUAGCUAAAAGUAGCCUAGCAUAAACAGUUAAAACAGGUAGCUAUGGAUAAAUGGUUGAAACAGUUACCUAAAAGUAAUCGAAAAGGGUUGAAAUUGUUAGAUUAAAGUAGCCUAAUGAAUAAAGUUUUUAAAUUGUUACAAGUUGCUUAAAGUAAUGGAUACAUACUGUACAUGCUUGAAAUCUUUAGCUAAAAGCAAUUGAUAAAUGGUUGACAGUUGAAGUUUCUGUGACCCCAAGGUAGAUGUUGAAUGCAAACCUACCCAAACAACCUAAACAUUGACAGUUACAAUAACAUAAAAAAAUAUCCCCCAAAAAAAAGCGGUUGGGUAACUGUAUGCUGUUUGCUGUAGCAUUUCAAGAGGUGUCUUGGUGUAUUGUGCCCUCUAGUGGUUGCCUGGUGCUCUGUCUGUGCCUCUCUGUGUUCACCCUGCUGCUGCAGAGCCUCUGGGUGCCACUUGAGAUGACCAGGGAUGAACCUGCUGGGAGGUCACCUGAGGAACAAGGUCAGCGUGGGCUCGGCUUUCACAGGCUGGCUCUUCGCUUGGAGGCUUUGAGUACUCAGGUGCAGAGGCUGAGCAGAGAGAGAGAUGUCACCCAGCUGACCAGAGAUGAUAUCAGUCUUUUGCUGCAGAGCUUUAGAAAGGACCAGCAAGGCUUAGCCCGUUUGGUGGAGAGGGAGCUGAAGAGAGUGUCUCAGAAGCUUGACCAGCUCAGCCGUCAUCAGCACCAUCACCAUCCCCAUCAGUCUCACACACCAUCCCCAAAUGAUGACCUCAGACUACACACAGGGCCCAAUGAGAAGUGUGAGGUGCCAAUGGAUCGUGCGUAUCCGGUGUGUGCGGAGAAAGUGGAGUUCCUGCGGACCCGUUGGCAGUCAGACCCCUGUUAUGCCUUUUAUGGGGUGGAUGGUACCACCUGCUCCAUAUUGACAUACCUUAGCCAAAUAGAGGACUUUUGUCCCCCUCGUCUUGGAAGAAACCACUCUGCGCUGCCAUGGCACCAGAAACCUCACUCCUACACAGAGAAGGCCGAGAUACGUACAACUCUGAGCCCACUGCAUGGGGUCAUCAGCAACAACAGUGGUGCUGCCGUAAACUUCAUCCGGUCCAGAGUGGAAAGGAUGUCUAAACGGUGGAUACAGGCUGCUGUGAGGAUGAGGCAGAGCAGCAACAAGACAGCCUCGACCCAGAUGAGGGUGCUGCUUUAUCCUGGGGCCCUGGCUGGGAGUAUUGGCCAGCGUUUUGAGGCCCUGGUGGAGAGAGGGGGUCCUCUAGGGGAGCUGGUCCAGUGGGCCGACCUCAGCGCCUGUCUGACAAUCCUGGGCCACAACCUAACCUUCAGCACCUCACAGCAACAACUCCACAGCCUGGUAGGUGCUGCGCCAGGCCGAGGCAGUUGUCCAAUCCAGAGGCCUCUGACCUAUGACCUCAUCUACACUGACUACCAUGGUCUUGCUCAUCUUCAAGGCGCCAUGGGACUGGCUUUCCUGCAUUACCAGUGUCGCUUCAGAAUCCUGGACUCUUUUGGCACUGAACCAGCCUUUAACUCGGGGAGUUAUGCUCAUAGUCAUGGAUAUAAAACACUGUGGGGCAGCUGGGGUCUGCAACCUCUGCAGUACAUGACCAUGUUCCCUCAUACUCCUGAUAACUCCUUCCUGGGCUUUGUGAGCGAGGAGACAGCGAGGGACGAGGCGAGGGAGGAAGAGCUGGAGCCAGACACCUACAGGAAAGACAGGAUAGCAGUUGUUUACGGCAAACAGGACUACAUGUGGCAGGGCAAAUCUGAGUAUGUGGAGGUGAUCAGUGAAGAGCUGGAGACCCACGCUACAGUCUACCAGCCUCCAGGACUCGCCUCUAAUCUGCCCAGCUUCAUCAGAAACCACGGCCUGCUGACUCAGGAACACUUCCUACGACUUCUCCGGAGAGCCAAGGUGUUUGUAGGUCUUGGGUUCCCCUAUGAGGGUCCAGCUCCCAUUGAGGCAAUAGCACUGGGCUGUGUCUUCCUUCAGCCACGAUUUGACCCACCACACUCAUCAGACAACAAUGACUUCUACAAAGGCAAGCCCACCACAAGACAGAUCUCCUCCCAGCACCCUUAUGUUGAGAAAUACAUCGGCAAACCCCACGUGUGGACUGUAGAUGUGACCAACAAGACUGAUGUACGGGAGACUGUCAGAGCCAUUCUUCGCACAGAGUUGAAGCCUUUCACUCCUCGAGAGUUCACAUGUGAGGGAAUGCUGGAGAGGGUUCGCAGUUAUAUCGCUCACCAGAAUUUUUGCAGUAAAUCUGUCCCUACUUGGCCACCAGAAAGCACCCUAAGGGUGCACCUGGGUCCGCUGGGUCAGUCAUGUGUCAGUGUGUGUCGACGGUCCUCCCUAGUGUGUGAGCCUGCUCUGUUUCCCAACCUAAACAGUCCUGCUGCAUUCGCCAGACUCGGGAUAGGCUGCUCCAGCAUGGAGCAGGAAGUCAACCACCUGUUUCCUUCCUACAGCCCUUGGGGUCGACACUGUGGUCUUCAGCAGGAGCCUCUGCUGUUCAGUUGUGCCGGCUCCGACCCCUCUUACCGCAGACUGUGUCCCUGCAGAGCUCACCUACCUGGACAGGUGGCACUGUGCCCCGAAUGCCUCUAAACAACACUGUGAGAGAACUCAGGAAAUAGGGGGAAAGGGAAGAUGAAAAAGGUUGGAUGAAGAAUUGAUCUCGACCAAAGAGAGCCGGCUGUCCUGCCAAUGCUAUUGAAAGCUUUGUGGUCUACACGCCAAAGUUGAAAGAUAGUAGAUAGUAGAUAGUAGUAGAGUAUCUGUUUUAUUAAUUUGUGCACAUUGAUAUAAUUUGAAUAAUCUCAGUAAGCAUACCUGGCAUUUAGGUUUUCACAACAAUUGUACUUAUGUUGUGCCAAGUGGGUAAAGUUUACUUCUGUAAAAAUUCAAAUAUGGCAGGGUGCAUCCACAUUCUAGAUUUGUCCAAUUCAAUUGUUAUGGACAAUACUUUUUGUUUUGUUUUUUCAUGACAAUCAUUACUCAGGUACCAAAAAUGAAUGACUGUCAUUUCAUAAGUGUUUUACGUGUUGAAGGAUGAUGAAUUCAAGGCCUGGUGUCUUGUGGUGCAGAAUGAAAUCCCUCUUGUUUUUGUAGCUUUUCGUUGAUCCCUUAAGCAAAACAGUUUUUAAAAGAGAGGCAAGAUUCACUUUAGGGAAAAGGUGUAUUUAAAUAUAAGUGAGAAGGUGCACUUAUGACACUAAAGCCAUUUAGUACAGUGCACUGCAAUAUCUAAUCAUUAAUUUGCUUGCAGUAAUGUAUCACACCGGUCAGCGUUACAUGGGAUUACCACUCAUGUAACCCCUCAAUGCAUUGCUGGCUGCAAAUAUUAGCCCGGGCCUCGGAGGAGAGCGGGUGACAGCCUAAGUGAUGAGGCUCAUUAUCUCAGUGAAUCAUGGAUAACCUCAGGAUGCCUUUGGGAGGUCACAGCCAUAUGACCAUGAUUAUACUGUCAUAUAAACCAUUGGUUCCCAACCGUCUUUAACUUAGGAAACCCCCUCAGCUCUGUUUAAACCCAAGCCCCCCUGCCAGUAUAGGCAGAACCUCAUUGUUUGUCUUUCAAACACAUAUUUUGCGUCAUUUAGACCGGGAAAAAAGUCACUGAAGGCAGGAUUAAUGAUGUUUUCUUGAGUUAUUUUACUAGAAAUGUUGAUCAUAACAGAUGACUCAUUUUGCGUUCUUGCAAUUGCGCCAAUAUUAUUCCUUGACUGCUUCAUGACCUACAGAUACUUAAAGCUGCCCCCCCCCAAGGGUAUUUUGCACCCCAGGUUGAUAUGAACAAACAUGGAAACUUUACAGUAUAUACAGUGAUUUGGUUACAUGACACAGACAAAGAGAGGUUUUAAGCCUGAACGUUUCCAUUUCAGAAGCCUCAAAUGUUCACACAGACUUAUCCCAUCAUCCUGCCUGCUAAACAGCUUGUGAAAGAAACAAAUGAUAACAACUAAAGGCCAAACUACAGCCCACAGCCUGUGUUGUAAGUGAUGGGGUGCUGGAUUAACAUGGCGCAGCUGUUAGCAAAGAUGGCUCCAACAAUGGCAACAAGCUGCUAUUUUGAAUCGGGUCAAUGUGAGGUUUUUCUUGGAAAGUACACACUAAUGAAUGUUAGUUAAAUGUUACAUUAAUGUUAAUUGGCAGAACAAGAGACCUUUUACGCCUGCUACACUUCAUGUGACCAGAACAUAUUGUCACUCAGGGAUCAGACCGCUCAGGGCUGCGACGACAGGACUGGCCGACUAUGUGAUUGACCAGUAAAUGCCAGUGAAACGGUCCAUGAAAAUAACAUUUGUGAUGACUUUGGUGAAUUCAUUUGGACCUGUCGAAUGUGACUUUUACUUAAUUAGCUGAACGGUCCAAAGAUGAUGGAAAGGAACUUGUGUUUAUGUCAGAAGGCUGUUUGGAUUGAAGGAAAAUAAAAGUUGCUUUUGACUCAGAGGGACGACUCUGAAGCUAA